AUGAAUCAACAGUCUGCAUCGUCUAGACCCCAACAACCGCCGAUGAGUGUAAUGACACAGCUGGCGGCUUACUACCCUCAACCUGUCGAACCAUAUAUGAAUACGUCGAACCAACCACUGUACCAACCGCUGUACCAAGUAUUCCAACCGUACUCCAUCAACUCACCGCCCCCCACAUUGCUGGGGUCCAUACGCAAUAAUCAUAGUAAAUACCAGAAUAAUCUACACGAACUAGAACAUGCUGAACUACAACCGGGCCCGCAACAAGCUGCUCCAGAAAAUAGACGGCACAGACGCCCUCGCUACGCCCGGAUCCAGCGGCGAUUGAACCAAAGGUUAGGGAAACUAGAUAAUUGUAUCUCAAUCAAAUUCGAAGAAUCAGUGAACCCAAGUGACUGUAAUUCCUCUCACUGCUUGGGUAACGGGGAUAAUCGGAAUCAAAUGUCACCAAAAAAAAAACCCUUCAAUGAACCCUCGGACAAAAAUUCCCAAUCUCAGGAAAAAAAUGAAUUAUGUGGUAAUUAA